UUUGAGCUUCGUAUAUCGGGUUUCUGCGAAUUUUAGUACUGUCUGGCGGUUGUUGACGCAAGUGUAUGGCGCCAAAUACUCAGUUCUUCGCCUUCUUAUCAUAUAGCAAAUGUAAAACGCCCCAUCUGUACAGUAUCGGGAAGUCGCAAUGUCCGGUCUCAUUAAGUGAUGGACUUGUCAGAGCAGCAAUAUUUUAACGCAGAAUAUCGGCUGCUACCUGCUGUCUAGACCGUGUUCGGCUACGUUUAUCCGACCCGAGCGUCCCUCGUCACUCCCUGUUUGCCUUGGUCAAUUACUGUUUUCGGAAGGUUGGAUCAACAUGCUGGGGCCCGACCUCGUCCACCUACGUGUUGAUGAACUUGUUGCUGCACUAAGAAUCCGCACGCUGUCAGCACCGUGCGCAUUGGGACUGUCUGUUAAAGUGCCUAGCAUGGCAUGAGCUGUGACUGCUAGCAGCUGGCAGUGUGCGACGCAGAUGCCUUGGCUGUUAGGGAAAGCCGAAUCUGCAUUUGGAACAAGUGACGGUGUGGGAUCUAUCAUGGGAAUGCAUUUGCUCCAAAACGGGGUGUCCCGCGGAGACUCCUAGGCCCACGGCGCGCCGACAAGGCGCGCUGUGUCCCGACUCCAACAUCCAGCGCUGGCAGCAGGCGGUGGCCACUGAGAGGAGCGGCGGCGGCGGCGACCCUGGGCCAGGAAAGUGCUUCCCUGACGUACGCAUCGGCACGGCUCCGCGUGUGUUGGCUGUUUAUUAAGAGACCCGUGGCAACGGACUCGAGUAUUUGGCCCCGGCUUCGCUUGACUGCGCAACUAUAGGGCCUGCUCCUGCGCUGCCCCGCGAGCGCGCAACGUGUGGCCGGCGGACCAGUAGGCAUACAAAAAGAGCGCAGUCGACGGCGUGCCAUACUCAUAGUUUUCACUUCUCCUGCUAUGUUAUUCUCUUGGUGAGUGUUUGGACUCCCGGCGUCCCGCUGACUCGGUGGGCAUCCGUGCGCCUAUAACGGCAUAAGGGACGCCGUGAUGGCCCUGUACGAUGACGUGCGAUUUGUGCUAUCGCACGUGCGCCACUCGUUCGUGACGUGCGAUGACACCGGCCUGUGCGAACUGGCCUUGCUGAGCGACGCCGACGUGCGCGCCGCAUGGCCUCAGCCGGCGGCCUCCCAGGUGACCACCGACCUAGUGGCCGAAGCCGAGCAACUGCAACUGCAGCAGCAACAAGAAAUGAGCCAGUCCUACGACAUCGUCUCUGAGAUGGAGUUCAUCGGCGCUCACCGCAGGCGCUCCAACACGGCCCAGCGGCUCGAGCGGCUCAAGAAGGAGCGUCGGUUGCAAGGGAAGCUGCGUCACGUCGUCUGGAAGGACCAGCCUGCCAAAGAACUCACCGCCUCAGAAGUGGACGCAUACUUCCCCCGCAAGGACGCUGGCGCGACCGCCCGCCUUUCCGGCAAGUGGUCUUCCCCCGCAGGCAGCGAGGCUACGCAGAGAAGUUCGGCGCUGGCGCGACUGCUGGAGCACUUUCCUGUGGUGCCCAAUAACCCGUUCAACGAGUACACGCGCUUCGACGGCAAGGUGAGCGAGCCAGCGCACCGUCGGAUCAACAUCUUCAUGAGCAUGUUGCCUCCAGAAGAGCGGGGCUACCCCAUAGUGGUGUCGGCACUGCCUGGUGCCCGAAUCCAGGACCUCAUAGGCCUCGUUUGUUGGCACUACACCAACGAGGGGCGCUCACCGAAGCUCAGGCCAAGCGUGUCUCAGUACUGCUUGAGGAUUGCAGAAGAAAGUGGGGAAAUCGACGAAGACUUCCCUCCACUGGACCCCAGAGAACCUGUGACAAAGUUUGAGUUCCCAUACCUGGCCUUGGCGGAGGUGGAGAGAGAAGAUUUUCCCGCGGGACCCCUGCUCACCUUCCACACCAAGGAUGGCUUCACAAAAGUUCAGAUCCCCAGCCUGGAUGCCACUUUGCGGGAAGUGCUUGACCAAAUGCUCAAGAAACGCAAGGGCCUAUUACGUUCCUUGGGGCCCGAGUUCCAUGUCGAAGACUACCGGGAAGUGGGCAUCCCUAUUGACUUGGACACCACCAUCAGAACAAGUGGCACCCUUGAGUUCACCCUGGUGUCAGAGGAUGCGGUGUUGUCAGCAACCCAGCCAGAUGAUUAUGCUGACCGGGACAUGACCGCCAUGGAGGCUCACCUGUACCAAGCAUUCAACGUGGCCCUUGUGCCUCGCAUUGGGCGCAACACUGAAGUCCAACUAGGUAUAUCUGGUGAGAAGGUGGAGAUAACGCCUCUGCAUCAGAAAGCCAAGAACCGACUCUGGACUUGGCAGCCAAAGGCAGUUACGCACAACAUGAACGAGAUUGCUGCAUGCGAGUUCGUCCACCGAAAACACAGCAUGGGCUCUCCCGAGAAGUGCGUGGUGAAAGUGGUGUACCUGUCUGGUGGAGAGUUCAAAAACCAUGUGUUUGAGACAGACCCUGGCACAGCAUCUGUGAUCCGCAACAAGCUGGGCUACAUUCUUGUUAUGCGCACCAGUCCAGCACGCACUCAGUACCUGGCACUAAAGGAACGAAAGUUACUCCGCAAGCAAGCCUCCUUCCUGCUGCCUAGCUAAGGCCUUGUUCCUCGACCUACUUCUCCUUCGAGCUCCAUCAUCUGCCCUGCCCCUUGUACCACAUGUGACAGCAAAUGAGGCAUGCAGGCAGAGCACAAGUGCUGUACGCCGAAAUGUGCUCAGAUCAUUUGUUGUGUUGUCAAUUGUUUCAUGUGCCUCGUGGUUUUCAGUGCAUCACUCAGCUGGAAGUGAAGUCCCCCUCACCCCAUGCACACACAUGUACACACACAGCAUAUUCUCACCGCCCUGCUUUCUCCUUUCACAAAUUCUGUCACCUCUUCCACAACGCUGAAUUAUGAGGAAAGCAUGCAGGACGAAGAGGCAGUGCUGUGAACUUGGCCAUGCCUUUUUCGUCAUCUGCUGUGAUAGCAGCCUUCAUUUGCUACCAUCGCCUCCUCUUCGGGUGCAACUUGUAGCCACGUGCUCCCAAGCCCGUUAUUCCCUCCUGCAUUUUCUGGCUGUGAACAAGGUCGCUUAGCAUGUACACUGCAGGUGGACCUUUUUGCAAGCUACAGACAUGUCUCAUGUGAGGAUGUGAGUGCUGGAAGUGAACAACCUCAUUCGUAAUUUCUGCAAGCUGAUCACUGUGCAUUAUUACUUGUUAUCUGACUCAUAGAGUGAUCGGUCUGAGAUUUUGACAGGCUCAGGGUCCUUAGGCACAAUUGCCACCCUGUCUUCCAACCCAUCAUCCCCUUAUCUCAUGCUGAGACUCAGUUCUGUAUUUGAUUUCUUGGAGACUUCAGUUCUUUAUAUUACCAGUGGUGCUUUGUGCCAGACACGUGUGGUGCUGUCAUUAGAUUGUGCAGAUAGUAGUGUAUGGCUUUAAAUUUUCAGCUUGUAUAUAGUGUAUGUGUACAAUUCAAAAGUUGAGCCAUUAGUGACAUACUCCCUGGCACAAUGAGCACUCUGUUUCAUAUCCCGUGCUCUUAACUUCUCUGAUCCACAUCACACUGGAAUAGAAAAAUGCACCAUCCACUUUUGAAAGUUGAUCCACAACAUGCUUAAAGGCCACAAUGUUACACAAGUGAACUUUGGGGUGAACAGCCAAAGGAAGGGAGCCAUAUGUGCAUAUUUGCUUUUUAUCAUGCCGAGUGGUAUUGUUUAAAGCAAAGAAAAUAUGUGUGAAGUGGGCAGGAAGAGCUUAACUUAGUUUGGUUUGCAGACCUCCCAGUCACGUCUCAGAAGCCUAGCCAAUCUGUAAAGUUUCAUUAGUUACCCAAAGAGUAACGAGCUAAGAAAAAGUAUUCUGUGCACAUCUGGCAAUUUUAUUACGCCUAACCUACUCACCUGCUUAUCUUGCAGCACUGGUGUUACAUGCAGCAGCAUUGCUUGCCCCACUCAAAAUAUUUCACUGUAGUUCUUGCAGUCCUCCUUUUUGUACAUUUUUUGCUGCCUUGUCCAUGUGUGUAGUUGUCUGGGAAAAGUGGUGUGGAGGGAAGCCGCUCAUCUCAUGCACACUGCCUAUGCAGAGAGAAUGGGCAUGUUUAGAGUCAUCUGUUACUCAAAUGACUUAGUGAAUGAGUUUUUAGUAGACGCAGCUUCCCCUUGUUUCUUGUUGUGUGAUCCACAAUAUGCCAGAGAAAGAAGAGUAUCACAGGUAAGCACCGAAAAUAUAUUCUGAUUUUAUAUGUGUUCCUAUGACACUCGGGUACACCUUAUUUUCCUCCCCUUUUUUCCCUUCUUUUUUUUUCUCUUUUUGAUAGCUUUCAUUACCAAGCUGGACAGCUUGAUAUUGUUUCUCCCCCACCUUCAUCAUUUUUAUUUCUUCUGCAACUAUUGUGUUUUGCUAAAACAGUGAAGUGUGAAAGGAAGUGAUAGCAGCCCAUGUGGUGUCUGCUAUGCAGACCACACCCUCUUCCUACCUCUAGUUUUGUAGUGUUUGUAGGUGCAGCGAGAAAUCUGACCCAUGGGGAGCAUUCAAAAUGACAUUUCGGAGUACAUACGUUUCUUUUUUUACUUCCUACGAGUUGUUCAAUUCAGUGUGAAACCUACGUGGCAAAGGGAGGGAGAGCACUGCAUUCAUCAGGUGACGAUUUCACAAAAAAAGCUUGUGCAUUUCACCCAGAGACACAUGAAAUUAUAUGCUGUGUAGCAACUGACAGGCUUUGUACAUUUUACCUUGUUAGUUCUUUUUAGUGUACUUGGCUUAAUUUGCAAGCAUAACUGUUUCUUCUAUGACAUAGUCAUCUCAGAUUAUGCGAUUUCACAAACGGCACUCAGGCAAGGGUUCAUACACAAUCAGUGUUGACACUCGCAGUGUAUUACAUGCUUAUUCUGCCUCUUCUUAGAAAUCAAACUUCUCUCUUGUACAGCAUGGUCAAAGAGCAGUGUAUGCUGUAUGCCACUUGGAAUCCAGAACCUGUUGUACAGCCCUCCUUCCCUGUGGCUUAAGGUAAAUUUUAAAAAAAAGAAAAGAAGAAGAAAGGGAAAAAAUGUAAUGUUGUCAAAGUGCAGCAUUGCAAGCAGUCUUCUUGAGAUGCUUCAACGUGUCUACUAGGAACCACCCCAUUCUUAGAAGUAUAGUAAAGUGCAGAGAUCACAUGUUCCAAGGAAAAGCACAAAUAGUGGCUCCAUAAGUGGUGCUUAGCUUGCCUCCGCAUGCAAAUGGUUUUAUCAUAAUAUAAGUUACCAAUGUUGCAGGGAAGAUUGCUGUGACACUUCAAGAGCUUGUGUUUGUGGGUUCCUGAGGUAGUUCCCAGCAGUCAUGAUAUUGUGGGAAUUUUAGUGAACUAUAGUGGCAUGAUGUUCAUGCGAGUUUGAUUUCUGUGGUUCUACACGAGUACAAGGCUACCAAGUCAUCACAAAGCUCAAAAGCAUUAUUAUGUUCCCAUCUGCCAGUGAAGAAGAAGAUGGACUCUUAAAAUGCCAGUCAUAUGUUAUGGCAGCACGACUUACUAUAGUACUGUACUACAUGUUCUAACAUUGCGGUGCACUUGGCUGUGUCCUUCUCUGCAGGAGUGCAUAAACUGUCUUUGCAAGUGCAGCAGAAAAACGAAAGCUUUAGAAGCUGACCAAGUUGCUGCAGGCUUGCCUAUUUUAUGUGGGAUGUAGGCUGUAAGUAAAAUCCUUUGCUCAAAUGGCUAUGAACACGCAUUGCAUCAUUCGUGCGUGCUAAACUUUAAAGGUGUCCCACGACGCCUUCAACAGCUUUUGGCUGUAAGGUUUGCCAUAAUGCUACUCAGGUCAUGUUCUGAUUGCCACCCAUUUUUAUUUGUGAUGACUGUGGCAACUUCACUGCAGUGAAGAAAUCAUGUUUGAUUUUCCUCCUUGCUGUUGACUGACUAUAUGUUGGUUUGUCAUGCAUGUUUUUUUUUUGUUUCAUGAAACUGUUUUGGUUGUGUAACUUUGUAAGCAGAAGUUACUAUUGUAACGCUUUCCAAAGAACAAGAAAUGUAAGUAAAAUUUUAUGUGUAGAAAAAUGGUUCAAUACUGCUAAAUUUCCUGCCCUUCAGAAGGCAGUGGAUUGGGCGAGUUGGUGUUCCAUGGUAACAAUAAAAUUCAAACAGCACUAGACGACAGGACCAGAAAGAGGAGGAGACAAACACGGCGCUGAACUUUCAACUGAUUUAUUUGAAGCAAGAAGUCGACUUAUACGUACAAAACUGGGCAUGCAUGCGAUACACAAUUGACGAUACACAAUUGUUAUUUUUUCAUAGUGACAAGACUACCAGAGAUGUCGCUGAAGCAUUCCAUAUCAUCAGAAAAUCUAAUAGUUGCAUUAGCAAAACAUCUUUAAUCUUGUUGGCGAAAGAAAUGGCAUUGCUGCAUAAAGGGUAGAUUGCAAAGCAGGUACAUCGCGUGCGUAUGUUGGCUGUCUGGAGUUUGUGUCUGAGCAUCGAUGUAUGGCCGGACGCAUGCAUGCCCAGUUUUGUACGUAUAAGUCGACUUCUUGCUUCAAAUAAUUCAGUUGUAAGUUCAGCGCCGUGUUUGUCUCCUCUUUCUGGUCCUGUCGUCUAGCGCUGUUCGAAUUUUAUUGUUCCUGCACUUGUUGACUCAGUCUCGUGCUAGCUGCUUUGGUUAAAAUUGGUUGCACAGCUAUUGUGUAUGAAGCGUGACUUCACCGUUGUGCUUAACAGUGCUUUUAAUUAGCUGUCAUUGACAAUCCAGUUGCUAUUUCUAGCAAACAAGGACGGAAGGGAGACGACAACACAUCCUUGUCCUCGUUUGCUGGCGCUAAAUAUGCUUUCAAUUUACCAACACGCCCAACAAAUGGCAAUGCUAUUUCUAGCAAUAUUGUCAUAAUGUGAUUGUGGGAAAUUGCCAAAACAAUUCUCGGUGGCGUUUUCACCGCCAUUUCUGUGAGACCCAAAAGCUUUAGAAUAAGCGUAGUUGCCCUUCAAUUACUUUUAUGUACUCUUUUCUUUUUUCAGUCAUGGGCACACAUCAAGGCGUUCAAAAUGAUACGCACUAGGGAUAUUGACAAAUUUGUUGUUGGGAUAGCUAGGUGGCUCAAUCCCUAUUCAGAAGUUAUAGCAAUAGCAUAUUAACAUGUUCACUGUGGCGUGGGUCUCCAAUGGCUCACAGCUGUUAUUGCUACUGUGCAGAUGCACAGCGCUUUCCUGCAAAGCGCAAGUGCCAUCUUUGCUAGAACUUAACAAAAAAGAAAAAUUCUUGUUUCUGGUCCAGCGCGUUGUGGUGCCAUCUGUCUGCACCUUGAUCAAGUUUUGAAGGAGCACAACUCCCUGGUGACACACCAGUGAGUCACGACACGUCAGAGCAAUAUGACGAGUGACCCACCAGUGGGUCACCCUGGACAAGAAGCAAGGCUUCAAAAAGUGAUGCUGCAGUGAAUGCAUUAAUUAUGAUAUGAAAUUAACAUAUUUAGACACACUUCACAUCAUACAACUUUUGUAUUCGCUUUUGGUUAAAGGAGAUGCUUUGAAGGAGCGAAGGUGCAUGCAGAAUACAUUUUUGCUCUUGUUUUAGGUGCAGUGUCUAAUGAGAGGAAAGUGGUGAACAAACAUCACUGUUGUUCUUGUGUGAUGCACACAGAUUUUUCUAUUUAAGAACGCUCACUUCUUUCCCUUGCCUAUUGUUUCCUGUAAUGCAAAGAAAGUGUUCCAGAGCUUGAGUUUAAAGACACUAAAGCAAGAUAUUUUGUUAGAGAAUAAUGGAUUACACUCUUCAAAUAUUAAAUAGGAUGUUUCUACAAAAAGAGUUUUUGUGCAGCGGGAAGCAACAGAAACAUAAAAAAAACUGUUCUCAAUGCCACUUCAAGAUUCCUGCACUAUCUUCCUUUAAUGUUGAUUGCAGCAAUGCCGUGCAUAAAAAAUAGAUCAAAGCUGAACUGCUGAACCUAGCAAUAUAAGAAUACACUUGCAGGAGUAUACUGACAUGAACCAAGGUACUGUUGAAUUUGUACCAUCACACAGACAGUAUUUGCAUCAUGGUUUAGACAUGAAGUAAAAAGUUUGACCUUUUUUAUGGUAAUAAGCACAAGAAAAUAACUCAAAGAAAAGUUUCCUUACUAGUCCUGAUGUUUAAGGCUUUCUUUAUGGUACCUUUAUCCUUUUAUCUGGCGAGAUAAGAAAUGUGUGGGUGCAAACAAUUUUCUUUAUUGGUUUCUGUUUUCUUUGUCUUAAAUUAUUAUAAACCAUGUUCAGAAAAUGUUUGAAAGCAAAAUAAGAAUAAUGGAGAACUUCAAUAAUCUCUGAUGUCCAGCUCAAGCAGGUGAAAGUUGGAAAGUUUGUGUAUUUCCGCACGUUCGGUAAUUAACAGAUGGAGAUAUGUAUCUAAGUGGGAAUUCAAUAAAAGAAUCUG